CCGCCGCUCUGGACUGGUCAAGUACCCGCCGUCCUACCGCUCGAUCGAUAUCCGGACUAUCUUGGCUCGACCCAGCCCGCCUUGUGCCGUGCCGUGCUGCGCUGUGCUGCUGCUCGUCAACCCAUCUUCCUCCACGGUUCCGUACACCGAAGACGCCCUCUCCACUCCCCACACUCUCUUCCGCCUUCUCACCUCAUCCAGCCCUGGUCUCACCUUGCCGCCGCCUUGUUGUUGCCGGCCGCCCCAACCCGCCUGACCUGCCUCCUGCCUACUCCACUACCUACUCGGGACUAUCUUGGGUUGUGCGCAGCAGCGCCGCAGGUCUACCCGGUCAGCCAGCACCAACGUCCCAACCUACCUUACCCAGGUCGCAGCCUCUCUCCGCACGCCCGUCUGCGCCUGCCUCUGUCCACACGUCCAAUAUCGCUGUGCCGUAAAGAAACACGCCUAACAGCCCCAAAUACGGUGGGCCCCUCUUCGUUGGACCCCAGCAGCUUUCACCUCACACGCCGCCUUUGGGUUGCGCAAGAACUGCGCAAAAUCGCCACGCCUAGAGAACCAAGAGUCGGGGAGAGAUGAUCUCGAGCGGCUGAUCAAGAGCCUGCGUCUCCUCCCCCUUCCCUCCUCUCGCCCACGCUCUCCCUUUCUAUCUCUCCCCUCUCUCUUUUUCCCUCUUUUCGUCGUGCUUGCCACUCUUGCCAUAGCCCGCCAUGGGGGGUCUCUCGAGUCCCAGAUCCGGGACUCCCUCGACGGCCGAGGAUGUCCUUUCUUGGGCCCAGAUCCUCUCACCAUGCAUCCUGCUUUUCUGCUUCAUGCUGGCCAUCGCUCUCCAUGGCGUUUUGGCCAGCAGGAAGACCGAGGACUUGAUAGCUCCGGCCGCUAGGGGACCCGGCGGCCGCCCACUGCCCGUAACCAAGACGCGGCCCGACGCGGUUGUAAUCGAGCUCACAGAGGCCGCAUCUUUUGGCCGAGGCUCCCGUCGUGUAUUCCAGCUUGCAACCGCCGUCAUCGUGCUCGCCUUCGUCGGGAAUGCCGUCAAUCUCGCUCUGCAGGUGGCUUACGACCCUGAUCAAGCCCGGUCCUAUUCUCUGGCUCCCCCGGACAAAUUAGAAGAACGCCCGUGGUGGUGUCGUGAAGAAGCCUUUGUACGUUGAAAUUCCCCCGCCACCAGCCUCUCCUUCCACUCCCCCGGCUCCUCUCCCUGCAUUGCAUCCUGCACCCUAUCCACACCCUCCUACCCCUCGCUGUACAGUGAUCUUCAGGUAUACAUUGUUGGCUGUGGCUCAUUCUACACCUAUCUGCUUCUCACGCUCUUCGACUGGAGCGACAGCCCCAAUACGGUCCAUUUCAUGGUCUGGUGCACGAGCCUGAUCACCGAGAGCACCGUUCUCGGCUCGCUCCUCGUCCGGAUCUUGCAGUCUUCUUACGCAGCGGCCGACGAACCUUGUAUGCCAGGAGGGUAUGAUAUCGCCGACCUUGCCAUCGGCGCCCUCCGUCUUGCCGUGGUCUUGGGCAUCGUCAUCUUGUAUAUCGGCCUCGCUGGCCGCCGCACUUUCUGGGCUGGAGAGAAGAAGGCACAUGACGCUGGUCUGAAUGGCCUCGACGAGAUGGAAAGACAGGGCCGUGGGCAGGUCGACCACGGCAGUGAUACGUCUGAUGAAACCUCGCCUCUCCUCAGUCGACGACACGCGGGCUUGAACGGAUACGUCAACCCCGCCACAGGCGGCCGCGAUAUGAGAAAGAAUCAGAAUGGGUCGGCCGGCCCCAACCAGUCUCCUGUCAACGGCACCGGCGGCAACACUCAUGGCGAAGCUGACGCCGCCUUCUACCGACCCAACAAGCUGCCGCACAAGACAUGGUGGGAGUACCUGCGGGGGUACUCGCUGUUCUUCCCGUACCUGUGGCCGCGCGACUCGCUCAGGUUGCAGGCGGUCGUGGUCUUUUGUUUUAUCAUCGCCGUCCUCCAGCGCUACGUUAUCAUGAUGGUCCCCAUACAGACGGGCUACCUGGUCGACGAUCUCGAUGCCGCCGUGUCGAGGAUUGAGCCCGGGUCUGGGCAUGGCAUGCCGUGGGGGAGCCUCGGCCGGCUGAUCCUGUUCAAGAUACUCUCCGGUCCCUCUGGAUUACUGGGCUCCGUCCGCGCCAUCCUCUGGAUCCCCGUCUCGCAGUACUGCUUCCGUGCGCUAUCCUCGGCGGCUUUCGAGCACGUACACUCGCUGUCGCUUGAUUUCCAUCUCUCCAAGAGGACCGGCGAGGUUCUGUCGGCGCUCAACAAGGGCGCCUCGAUCAACGCGUUCCUGGAGCAGGUGACCUUUCAGGUGUUGCCUAUGCUGAUUGAUCCCCUCAUCUCUAUCAUAGUUCUUGCCAAGAAGUUCAACAGCGUGUACGCCGUGUGCGUCUCCAUCAUGACCUUUACAUACCUCUUCCUCACCAUCCGCAUGGCCGCAACCCGCGCCGAUCAGCGCAGGGACAUGGUCAACGCCAACAGGGAGGAGGAGGCGGUAAAGAACGACUCAAUCGUCAGCUACGAGACGGUCAAGUACUUCAACGCCGAGGACUUUGAGUUCAACCGUUACCGCCACACCAUCAACACCUUCCAAGCAGCCGAGGCCAGCGUCACGCGGGGCGCCAACAAUAUGAACAUCUGCCAGAAUCUGGUAUUCAUGGCCGGCAUGCUACUGUUGCUGGUGGUGGGGGCGUACGAUGUCGCUCUCGGCAACCGGACUAUCGGCGAGUUCUCGACGCUGUUGGCCAUCCUCGCGCAGCUGCAAGGCCCGCUCAACUUCUUCGGCACGUUCUACAAGACGGUGCAGCAGGCCAUGAUAUCGGGCGAGCGGCUGCUCGAGCUGUUCAAGGUGGCGCCGACGGUGGUGGAUCGCCGCGGCGUGCCAGACCUCCCACCUUGCAAGGGUCACAUCCGGUGGAACAAGGUCAGGUUCUGGUACGACGGGCCGCGUCCGGCUCUGCGGGACCUCUCGUUCGAGUGCCGCCCCGGCACGACGACGGCCUUUGUCGGCGAGUCCGGCGGCGGCAAGUCCACCGUGUUCCGGCUCAUGUUCCGCUAUUACAACUGUCACGAGGGCAGCAUCGAGGUCGACGGCCACAACGUCAAGGACGUGACCAUUGACUCUGUCAGGCGAGCCAUCGGCGUGGUACCGCAGGACACCAUCAUGUUCAACGAGUCCAUCAUGUACAACCUCCGGUACGCGAACCAAAAGGCCACCGACGAGGAGGUGUACGAGGCCUGCCGGUCCGCCAGCAUCCACGACCGCAUCAUGAGCUUCCCCGAAGGCUACAACACCAGGGUCGGGGAGCGCGGGCUACGUCUCAGUGGGGGUGAGAAGCAGCGCAUGGCCAUCGCUCGGCUUAUCCUCAAGCGCCCCCGCAUCAUCAUGUUGGACGAGGCCACAUCGGCACUCGACAGCGAAACUGAGCAGCAGAUACAGUCCAAGCUCAUCAAGGGCAACAACCUUGGCCAAAACCGUACCCUCUUGAUUAUAGCCCAUCGCCUUUCCACCAUAACGCAUGCGGACCAGAUCAUCGUUCUGCAUGCCGGCUCCAUCAUCGAGAAGGGCAGCCACGCGGAGUUGCUUCGGCUGGGCGGCAAGUACGCCAGCAUGUGGGAGAAGCAGAGCAAAGCCGAAGAGGCCGCGGUCAAGGCCCGAGACGCCACCGCCAGGGCCAACAAGCUCCUGCGGCGCGCCCAGAUUGGCGUCAAGACCGACGUCAACGACGACAGCGACGGCUACAACAACAGCGCGUGCUCCUCGACCGUCCUGACGGGCCCCAAAGCCGCCUCGGCUGCGUCUGAAGACUCUUCGACGUCAGAUGACGACUUGACUAAUAAUGAUAAUAAUAAGACAAAAUAGACGGAGUUUAGCCUGAUGGGGGUAUUUUUUUUCCUUGUCUUUUUCAUUUCCUCUUUUUUUUCCGUCUCUCCUCUCAUCUCAUGUCACCCACCCCAUACCUCGUCUCUGGUUUUGAACCCAAUUUUUGCGUUUCUUUUUCAACAUCGGCCUUAUUUCGUCACUUCUCUCCCCAUGUUGGAGAGGUUUGUUAUGUCUAGAUUUACCGCGAACGCUGCGGCACGACGGGGGCGCCGUUGCUAUGGAGCGCGGCAGGCGCUUAUGAGCCACGAAGAAAAAAAACUCACAAUUUACGCCCGAAGUGUGGUAUUACACGGGGCUGGCGCUGGAUUUGAUUAAAAAGGAAUCUACAGGUGGCGGCGGCUAGGCCCUUUUCGAGACAAGGUCGAGAUGACAUGCGGAGAUGCCAGCCAGCGGGGGGGGGAUGUUGAGUGGUGGAUAGCUGGAGGUCCAUUCGUGGGCCACUGCAAUGAAAUGUAGAGAUUUGCUCUCUCAACACUUCCCAGCGCAGCACGGUGAGCAAAGCGCGAUUUUUGUACACGUGGAGAGGGAAGGCCCGGUGACCGACUCGGUGCAAGGCGGUUCCGGCGGUCAGGGGCUGCGUGAGGAUAUGCAGAGAGCCGUGCAGGACCAUUCCCCAAGCGCUAUUGAUGGCGGUGUGCCACCCUGUCAGGGCCAAACCUGCCGGUCCACUCGGGAUGCCAAGUCACAAAAGGGCGCUGAGGGCAAGGAGCAAGAGGCAGAAAAUCAAAGCGCAUGCCUCGAAUUAAUUAAAAUUUGCUAUGUGGUGCUUGGCUAGCCAAGGCGGAAUGCUCUUUCUGUACAUAAGCAUGAACAAGGCCUCAUGACAAUCGCCAAUAGUGCUAUUAAAGUCGGGUCGCGGCGGAAAGGGCGAAGGGAACAAGAAAAAGCAAUCAUCGAUUCGACAUGCUGUCUCGUCGCUGGGUUCUAUCCGACUAUUCAUGACUGAGCUGCCCCAAAUGUAGACCGACGCACGUCAACACGGAGCUGC